AUGGUGAGUAUGCCCCUCCCCAACAUCAGGUCUCCAGAGCUGCAGGAGAAGAUGGCCUACUUGGAUCAGACCCUCGUGGGUGCCCAGUGUUGCAAGCCUCCCUGUGCCGAGAUCCCAUUUCUCACUGCCCUCUGUCUGCCCAGUUUCACCGGGAGAAGGCAGCCUCUUCCUGAGGACACACACCAUUGCCUGGCGCUGUGCCCUUUCUUUGCCCUGCCCACUAGAGACAGUGUUUGUCAUGGGCCUGGUCUGCAGGGAUCCUGCUACAAAGGUGAAACCCAGGAGAAAGGGUGGAGUCGAGUGCUGCCAGGACCCAGGCACAGGCAUUAG